AUGUAAUUUUCUAUAGAAGACAACACAUAAACCAGCCCACACAAUAAUAGAUGGGCGCUCUGCGAGCACUGCUGCGUCGCUCGUACCACUGUUAAAGUGGCUGCUAAGAAUCAUUGGUUUAAUGACUUUAUCUUGGCAAAAUGUUUCAAGCAGACCGCGCUACGUACAUCCAGCUAUUGGAGGUGUUACAGAAGUCGGAUAAAGCUGAUACUCAGACGCAGAAAGAUGUGUCUGACUUCAUUACACAAUUUGAACUACGGGAACGAUGCUCGGUUCUUUAUUUUCUAGAAGCUGCGCUUACUGCACCUGAGCUUCACAUGCGUCAGAUGGCCGCCAUUUGUUUGAAGCGCGCUAUUAAUCUAAAAUGGGCAUCAUUGGAUAACGAUGUUAAAAUGCAGUUAAAAAACGGCCUUGUUAGGGGUAUACAGCUGAACGAUUCAGAGGUGCGUACCAUGUUUGGUUCAGCCUUUGUAGCUCUCUUUGCUGUGGAAGGCUACGAACGAUGGCCAGAUGCACCCGGUCUGUUAUUAACUCUCCUGUCCGAGAGUCCAAAUGAAAUUGUAAGGCAGACUGCAGGGUCAACUUUAGUCAUGCUGGUUGAAGAUAUGGCGGCUAGUAAUUACCGCGACAGUGCAAAACCCAUGGGCGAAGCUGCUUGGGCACAUUUCAUGACAUUUGUUACCAACCAGCUGGUACCACGCAUACUGGAGUUGGCCUCCACCAUCCCUGGUUCAUUGCCAUUCUUCUGUAAAAUGCUGUGCGCACUUAUAGACACUGGGUGUUUCAAUACUGUUAUAUUCGAAACACACUUCCCUGCAUUUUGGAGCCUCAUGGGAUCCAUAGCUCAACACCAGGACCCCUGGGUCCGCAAGUGUGUCCUUAAGGGUAUGACUGAAACCUGGAACAGGCGUCCUUUGGCAAUUCUGGACUCCAGUGCUGCUGUAUUCGCUUUUGUUAUUUGUUCUACCAACGAUACUGCGGACAACACUGUACAGCUGGAGGCUUUGCAGUUUUGGGCUCAGUUGUUAAAGAGCCGGUUGGAAGAGUCAGUCAACUCCAGGUUGAUAUCGCAAUUAAGGACACAUUUGCCACAGUUAAUACCCGUUUUAAUCGAGCAUACAAGAUACUCAUCAUGGGAUUACAUGUCUAUGGACGAAUCGCAUUUUGAAGAGGAUAACGCUGCUGUACCAGAUAGAGUUGAGGACGUGCCGCCACGGCCGGAGGGUGAGAUGACAGCCGAUGAAGAUGAGGAGAGUGCCACUUGGGGCAACAACUGGACCCCAAGGAAGGGAGCUGCAUUAGCUUUGGACUAUAUCAGUCAAGUCUACGGCCAGGAUAACGAGAUUGUACAGUUCCUGCUGGAGCACAUCGAAAAGCGGCUGGCCAAUGAUAGUGACUGGGAGAUGAAGGAAUCAGCAGUAUUGGUACUCGGUGCCAUUGCAUCUGGCUGUAUGCUGGCAAUGGCGCCCUAUUUACCGAAAGUAGUGGAGUACCUAAUAGAACUCACUCGCCAUCCAAAGCCGCUGAUGCGCAGUAUCGCAUGUUGGUGCCUCGCUAGGUAUGCCGGCUGGGCAUGUCAAGUACAGCAUGAAAAUCCCAAUGAAAAUUGGUUGUAUCGCGUGCUAACUGCGGUGUUGGCACGUGUACUAGAUCGCAGUAAACGUGUACAGGAAGCUGCAUGUUCGGCCUUGGCAUCAUUUAUAGAAGAGGGUGGUAGCCAGCUGAAGCCUCAUUUGGAACCUAUUGUGGAGACUAUAGUCAAGGCCUUUAGCAGUUACCAGGCGCGUAACCUAAUGUUUUUGUAUGACACCGUCGGGACCAUGGGCCAGGUAUUUGGCGAAUCACUGGUCCAGACGCCCUGCUGCGAGUAUUUAUUGCAGUCGGUGCUACAAAGACUGGGAUCCACGGAGACCCACGCACCUCAGUAUCUGGCGCUCAUGGACUGUAUCAGCUACUUGGUGCAAUCAUGGCAGCAGCUAUAUGCCCGCUAUGCCGAGGUCACUAUAGCCCGUGCUAUGAAUGCAGUAUUCGAGGUGCUCUACGACGCUAAGUGCUAUGAGAUCACCGAUGGUGGCACCGAGCCUCCCAGGUGGGAUAUUAUAGGAUGCUCCCUGGACAUGAUUGCUACUGUGAUCGGCGUUCUCCAGGAGCAUAGUCGCCAGCUGGUGGCCACUGUAUGCGUUACACUAGAUCCCGAUGUGAUUAAAGAACUGAAACUAGAUAAACCAACUGGAUACAUCCCUGAUAUGAUUAAUCUCUGCUGUCAGUGUGCUGAUGCCACAGUUCUCCAAAAUGUAUUUGCACUGCUGGGUGACGUGGCAUGGCAAUGUGCCGACCUGGUGGCCACCGAGACGGUGAUUGCCUCCCUGAAUCUAAAUUUGCUGAACCCGUCCAAGAUAGUAAGUAACAAUGUUUGCUGGGCACUGGGAGUUAUAUCGCACACUGAUCAUGGUAAGAAGCGCAUCGAGUCGGUGGUUCACGAGUUCUACCCAAAGUUGGUUAGUAUACUUGUUACAGAAACCGAGUCCAUGAUAUUACAAAACGUUUGCAUCACCAUCGGGUACUUUGCAGCGGGGUAUCCGGCAUAUGUUGGAGCUAAUCUACAGCAGUUCCUAGAGCCCUGGUUGCGUAAUAUAUCUAGGUCUUCCAGUGAACACGAUAAAGCCAAUGCCCUGGUUUCAAUGGCCCAGGUAGUUCUAAAUACAGCCCAGGUGCCACAGGGGGCAUUGGCGGCUAUAACCAGGGUAAUACUGGAAUGCCCACCGUGGUGUAAGGAACUAGAUAUAACACUUCACGCACUUGCGCAAAGGCUUUCCCUUAACCCGGUAGAAUGGAACUUUCUACAGGACUCCGAGAAAGCCAAAUUGCGCGAAAGAACUAAUAUUAAUUAAUUAUAUUAAUGUAUAUGCUUGUUGAAGCGUUCCAGGACAUCAUGGCACAGGACUGUCAAA